AUGGCUACCACGACCUCCACAUCCGGUCCCAAGGCGUUGUCGACAGCGCACGACUUGGCCGAGCUCGUCCGGCGCCACGACACCGUCAGUCUACCGCCUUGGGCUCUUUCCAGCGGAUGGAGUUGUCAUUGAAACAUCCCUUUACUCUGACCACAGUUCCUCUUUGAUUGUGACGGCGUGAUCUGGAGCGGACCGGCCGGCGACGUCUGUCAGUAACCGUGCCGCCCCCCACUUGCUCGAGCCUCAACCCUAAAGGGAAGCACGCUCAUCUAACCCCUUCCAUCCUCCAUCCCAACGCAGUAACCCCGCACAUCAUCCCAACCCUGCACUACCUCCGUUCCCUACAAAAACGUUGUUGCUUCGUCACCAACAACGCCACCCGUUCGCGCCAAGACUACCAUCGCAAAUUUCACCGCUUGGGGCUCGUCGACGUUCAACUGGACGAUAUCUUUACGUGUGGGAGUGCGACGGCGAGUUACGUCAAGGAGGUGGUCUUGCCGGAGAUCAAGGAGAAGGGGGGUAAGGAGGGUAUUUAUUUGAUUGGGCAGGAGAGUAUGGAGCAAGAGUUGAGGCGCGAAGGGUUGCAAUGGACCGGCGGAACGGUGAGUCAGGUCGAUCAAGCUUUGGUGUGGAGCGUAUUCGACAAAGCUCCUUAUCAUUUUGCAUAGGACCCCGAGGAUGACGUCCUCUUGGCCGAUCAAGAUUUUUCGUCCAUCACUCCGGACCCCGAGAUAGGGAUGGUCGUCUAUUCCUUUCAAAUGAGGAUCAACUGUACGUCUCCUCCAAUCGAUCCGUUGCUCAAAGCUCACGUAUUAAAAAGUUACGGUGUGCACCGGUGGAUGGAUGACUGUACAGAUAAACAGCUGGCGAAAGCGUUCAACUACCUCGGCUCCAACUCCGGGUGUCGAUUGAUUUUGACGAACGACGAUCAUUCGAUGACGGCCAAAGGUGGUGGAAUCUUGCCCGGAGAGGUAACUUGAUCCUAUCAGCUUCCUCCUCUUUUCUCAAAAGGAUUCGCGACGACGCUGAGACACAUGCUUUUGUGAUCGCGCAGGGUGCCAUCGCUUCGGUUCUUUAUGGAGCGAGGAAGGAUCUAAAACCUUUGGUGGUCGGCAAACCUUACAAACCGCUUCUGGACGUCGUUCAAAGGACGUGAGUAGCACGUAUCCUACCUCAACAACUUCGAGAUGAAAACUUCCUGACGUGCUUCGUUCGUCGCCGCACAGUCUUGAAUACGACCCCGAGAAGACGAUCUUUGUCGGCGAUCGACUCGAAACCGACGUCUUGUUCGGUCGAAGGGGAGGUCUUACGACCUUACUCGUAUGGACCGGUAAGUCCCAAAAAAAUGCACAGCUUUCUUUCAAUACCGGUCCAGGAUCCCGACUCGUCUACGCUCCCUUCUCGAUCCCGACGCAGGAUUCUCCAAACCGUCCCACCUAACCUCUUUGAGCGUCGACGAACUCCCGCAUUACACCACUGAUUCAGUGGGGGAAUUGUUGAAGGCCAAAGAGGUAUUUGAUGUUCAUGGUCAUGAUGGGGAGACGCAUGAGAGCGUACCGGAGCCGGAGGUGAAGAUUUGA